UUAAAAUUAGUGAUUUAAAGAAUUGUGUAAUCUGAAUCAGGGAUAGAAAUGAAUACGAGUUAUUUUGAUAUAAUUAUAACCUCAAGUUAUGUUUUAUAAUUGUAUUUAAAAAACUUAGUUUCUUAAAUUAAUACGAAAUACAUUUCGUAAUAGAUAACAGCUUUUAGAGACAUUUCCAUCAUUUCUGACACCGAAAAAUGAACUGCUUACGCUUAUUAAGAAGUCAUAACAUACGAUUCUUACAGAACCAAGCAAUACUCAGGAUAUCUAGGGUUAAUUAUGUCUCACAGCAUCCUAUUAAAUUCAUUGAAACUCAAGACAGACUGCGCGAAAAGGACGGAGUUUCAAAAGAAUGGCAUUUAAUUUACAAAGCGCCAAUGGAGAAAACUUUGCAGUUUGCGACAGCAUACUUGACAUUUUCUAUUACUACUAUUUCUUGCAGCUUAGUAUAUUAUUCAUUAUUUGUAUUUGAAACGGCUACAAUGGAUGAGCCUAUUGUAAUUGGCAACGAUGUUGUAAUAGCAAAUAAUUCAAUGGAAUGUCUCAUUUAUCUGGGAUCUUUCUUUUUAUUACAUGUUGUUGUGAAACGCCUUUUGUCAAAAUAUGUUAUUCGUUUGUAUCAGAAUGGUGAUAAUUACUUGGCCAUUUUCAGAGGUCACACAUAUGGUUCAAUAAAUAAACAUGAAUUUCACUUAAAUGAAUUUAAAAAGUUAAACCCUUCACUACUUAUAACUUGGAGUGAUGCAAGAUUUGCUCUUGGAAAAAAGAAAGGAAUUCUUCUUGAAAAUUAUUUUAAAACUCCUGAAUGUUUUAACUAUUUAUUGUAUAAGAAAAAUGCAUCUAAUUAUGAUGACAACCAUUAA